UCAACGUUUGCUAAAGCUGAAAGCUCAAAGCAAAUAAACCACCAUGAGGCUGUCCGUGUCUGUCCUGCUGGUCACUCUGGCCCUGUGCUGCUAUGAUGUCAAGGCAACUGUCUGCCCAUCCCUUGCUGUUGAUCAUACAGCAAUGUAUUUCACUCCUGACGAGUUCUAUAAGAUAACCCUUUCGAAAUAUAAAGCACCUGCAGAAGCUGUUUGGGCCAUGAUGCAAGUGAAGCAAUGUACAGAUGAGAUCUCCAUUGUGGACAGAUUUCGAAUCGCAAAUGCAUUGAGUAAUGUACUGCUAAAGUGUACUUCCCAGGAUUUAUGAAAACUUCUGCCAUAGUACCUCUGUCUUUCAACCGUCACCUGCUCUUUCCUGGAAAAUGUAAAGGUUUCAAC